AAAUAUAUAACAUUGAAGAAUUAAAUAAGUGUUUUAGUUUCAAUAACGUUGUCAAUUGAAUUUUAUUAUUUUAGAAAUGUGCAAGAAGUCACUAGCUUUUUUAUUAUAUGUACUUGAACUCAUUAGCCAAGUUUCAUUAAUAACUUAUGACGAAAAAAGUUCAGAUUUCAAAAUGUAUACCAUAAAUGUUUUAAAUCAUAUUCGAGUUAAAUCUGGGUGGUAUUCAAUGUCAAAUUUACAAUUUACUCAAGGUACUUUUAAAUUUGAUGUAAAUAAUGUUAUAAAUGAAGUUAUUGAUGAGAGCAACUAUAUUGUUAAACUUAAUUAUAUAAUACAGUUUAUAAACUGUGAAUACUCUAAUAUAUUGCAAACAUUUGAUGUCAUGUUAAGUUUUAUUAUAAAUAAGUGUCAAUCGGAAAAAGACAAAAACCACCAAAUCCAAUUUCAAUUAUGCACAGUGCGAUUAGUUGAUGUUAUAAAAAAUUCUUCAAUCAUGUUUAUGAAACUUUUGGGCGCUACUACAUUCCUAAGUCAAUUAGAUUUGCGAAUUAUUGACGAAUUUUUAAUAAAUCCAAGAGUGAUCGACAAUGAAAUUGAAUUAUUUUACAUGUAUACAGAUGAUAAAAUGAAUCGACCGGAAUUUGUUAACGAAAAUGACAUUAUUGAUGUUUUUGAAGAUAUAAAAAAAUUUCAUAAAAAUAUAGUCGAACCAACAAUUCAAAAACUUUUCGAAUUUCACAAGGUGUGUGGCUCUAGAUAUAGAAAUGUUAUUCCAAUGGUUUUGAUGUCAGAGUAUGACGAGAAAAACAUUAAUGAAAUCAUAAAUAAUCCAGACAAUUAUAUAAAUUUAAUUUGUAAUGAUCUCAAUAAUUUUUAUAGACGAAUAGUUGACAAUUAUUACAGGGACCUUGGUUUUGGAGAUUUAAUAGGAACUAAUAAUUUCAGAUAUGAACCUCGUGAGGUUCAUCCAUUUACUAUAGAGAAAGGUAUUGAACUUUUCAAUAAACUUCUUCAGUAUCCUGGUUGGAAAUCAUAUAGCAAUAUAACUACAAAAAUUAAUGGAAAUCAUGUUUGCAUUAAUGAUUUAAUAUGUACUUUAAAUGCUUCAAGUUAUAAUUAUAUACGAUCAAGUAUAAUACAAACAUUAAGAUGUAGGUAUAUCGAAAUAGUACAAACGUUUAAUGCUACUUUGGGAGCUAUAAUAAGUGUUUGCGAAAAAGAAUUCGAAAACGAGUGUGCAGCUAAAUUAUAUACAAUUUUAGAAAAAGUCAACCUUACAUUAAAAAAUAUGCUGUUUGCUUUGGUUACAUUGCGACAAACAUCGAAAAGCAUAAUAAAACGAUCACAAAAUACAUCAGGUGAAAUCCUUGUAGAAUCUAUUAUAGAGUUAAUUUGCAAAUUAAGAAGUAAAUAUUAUCCAGAUAUGUUUUAUUCAAGUCAUAGUUCUAUUUUAACAAAAUCGUUUUUUAAUGAUAUUACACGAGAACGUAAAACAAAUAUAGAUGAUAAUAUAAAAAUAGCCGUAAAGUAUCAUUUGAGAUAUUGCAAAAUGCCAAUUAAUAUUAUAAACGAAUAUUCGAUUAAGUCAAAAGUGUAUGAUCAAAUUCGAAAUAAUAAUAUAGUUGAUAACAGAAAUAUUUAUGAAUCUAUAUGUGAUUUUCUGUAUUCUUUUUUUAAUGAAGUUCAAACAAACGAUUUUGAACAACUUGGAUUUAAUAGUUUACCACGCUAAUUUUAAAUUGUGCAUAUAUACUAAAUAUUAUAAUUAAUUAUAUUUAUUUGAUUAAUUCUUGUG